UACAGGUUGUCUAAGGGGCCCUUGCACGGGUGAACUUCCUUUCGCUCCGACAUCUUGACGAGGAAACAUGCCUCCCAAGCAAGACAAGAAGAAGGAUACUGGGAAGUCCAAGAAGGAUAAGGACCCAGUCAACAAGUCUGGAGGCAAAGCCAAGAAGAAGAAGUGGUCCAAAGGAAAAGUGAGGGACAAGCUCAACAACCUGGUGCUCUUCGACAAGGCUACCUACGACAAGCUGUACAAAGAGGUCCCCAACUACAAGCUCAUCACCCCUGCUGUGGUGUCAGAAAGGCUGAAGAUCCGUGGCUCCCUUGCUAGGAAUGCCCUCCAGGAACUGCUGUCCAAAGGCAUGAUCAAACUGGUGUCCAAACACAGAGCACAGCUCAUUUACACACGCAACACCAAGGGUGGCGAUGAGGAGGCAGCAGCAGAGAAAGCAUAAUCGGGUUCUCCUGUUUGUAAUGAAAUGAAUAAAAAGUGUAAAAACUAAA